GCUUCUCGCGGCAACGAUAUUCUGAAUUGUCCGUCUGCCGCUCUCCCAGACUCGAAGCCUCAACUACCCGCCUCGUGCCCCGACGCGAGACCUCGAGAUGUUCCGGCGACCCCCAGCAUGACAUGACGGGACCAACUCGACUAACCCUCGACCGCCGCCAAUAUGGAUGCGCAACCACCCAAACAACCUCACCCGAACCCUCACCAACUCACCACCGACAUCCCUCCUUACCUGACUCCCCGGACUGCUAAUAGUACUCCAAUGUCCUCGCCGGGACUUUUUAGCCCCUCGAACCCCCGUCCAAGCAUGGCCCUUCCCAUCCACGCUGCGUCCGAUGCCUCUACGCCGGCGGCGGCCUUGAGCAGCCCGUAUCUGCACCCGUUGCAAGGUCACAAGGUCCGAGAGACCCACAAAGCACUCGUCGACCUCGACAUGAUGACAGGGCGGAAACUCAUCAACCAAUAUGAGGUUAUCGAAGAGAUCGGCCGUGGCAUGCACGGCAAGGUCAAGCUGGCACGGAACCUGGAAAACAGCGAGAAUGUGGCCAUCAAAAUCGUUCCCCGGUUUUCCAAGAAGCGCCGCUUGGGCAAGGUCAUGGCCAUGUCCCCUCAAGACAAGACGAAGAAGGAGAUCGCCAUUCUGAAGAAGAUUCGCCACCCCAAUGUGGUUGCCCUGCUUGAAAUCAUUGACGACCCGGAACUUAAGAAGAUUUAUAUGGUCCUCGAGCAUGUUGAGCUGGGCGAAGUGGUUUGGCGUAAGAAAGGGCUCCCCUACAUCUGCAAUGUCGAGAGAUUGCGUAUCGAGAAGGAGAUGAGAGGGGAGCAGCUCAGCGAAGAGGAAGAGCAAUAUGCGCAGACCCUGAAGCGGAAACACGCCAUCAACGAGGUGAAGAGGGCAAAUAUGCAGCAAAAGCAGCAUGGCCCAGACCUCUGGAGUAUUGAGCACGGUGCCGCCGAAGACGACGCCUUCUCAACUUGGCUGGCUAGAGAUGGCGAUGGGGCAUUUUCUUCGUUCUGCGGAUUUCUAGACCGGAGAGAGAGCUUCUCCCAAGAUCAGUCUGUGGGGUCCAGUUCCCGAGCUGCGACCCCGAUACCCUCCGAGCCUGACAUCUCGUCAGUGAUUGCUGACGGUGGAAGCGAUAUUGAGACUCCUGGACCCCUAAGAUCAGUGCCGGGUUCGUCAACCGUUCUCGAGGGGACUAUGUACGGGGCCUACGCCGAGGAUCCAGCGUUUCGUGGUCGGUCACCCAGCAUGGCCGAUUCCAUCAUAUCGCACAUGUCGUCGGUGGACUUCAACCCCCAGCCACACGACCCCUUUGCCGACGACUUCUCUUAUGUGCCCUGCUUUACCAUCGAUGAUGCACGUGAUACCUUCCGCGAUACUGUCUUGGGCCUGGAAUAUCUUCAUUACGAAGGUGUCGUUCAUCGUGACAUCAAGCCCGCGAAUCUGUUAUGGACCAAGGACCACCGUGUCAAGAUUUCCGACUUUGGCGUAUCCUAUUUCGGCAGGCCAAUGCGGGAUGGUGAACUUGAUGAAUUUGUUUCCGAGUCGGAAGCUCGCGACUUCGACGACGAUCUUGAACUUGCCAAGACUGUCGGCACCCCCGCAUUUUUCGCUCCCGAGCUUUGCUAUACAGACCUUGACGGGGAACAACCCAAGAUAUCGGAGCAGAUUGAUGUAUGGUCGCUAGGUGUAACGUUGUACUGCCUGAUAUUUGCUCGCAUCCCUUUCAUGGCCGAGGACGAGUUCCAAAUGUUUAGGAAGAUCGCCAAGGAGGAGGUCUUCAUCCCGCGCCGCCGCCUCCGACCCGUUGAUCCCCAGACAUACCCAUCAUCCAUCUCGCUCUACAAACGUGUGAACAGUGCACCGUACCGCGAUGAUAGCGAUCUUGUGUACGAGGAUAUCGAUGAUUCCCUGCGUGAUCUUCUGACCCAAAUGCUCACCAAAGACCCUGAGAAACGCAUCAGACUGAGGGCCGUGAAGCGCCACCCGUGGGUCACCUAUGGCAUCCCUCACGUCCUUGCUUGGAUUGACGAUACAGACCCAUCACGACGUACGGAAGGCAGGAAAAUUCAGGUCGACGAAAAAGAGGUUUCGCACGCCGUGGUACCACUUACGUUCCUGGAAAGAGCUCGGUCUGCCGUGAAGAAGGCUGUUGGCAAGGUGAUUCAUCCCCGUGCUGAGAGGAUGGAGAGUCAUUCGAGAAUACGGGCUACUAGCAGCGCAGCCAGCUCCACCGUGGACCUUCCCUGGUAUGGGGCCUCGACGCCGCACCCUCGGGACGCUCGAAGAAAGAGUAUCCGAGGCGACGACUACUUUGCAAACCUCCGGGAAGGGUCCAACGCCGGGGAACAUCCCCUCUCGCAGAGCGUGACUGCCAGCCCGCAAUGGUCCCCCUUGGAUGACGACCAAGAAGAGUCGGUUUCGGUAGGCGGAGACAUAAACCGACCCAGCGGAUCUGCAAGUGCCAGUGAACUUCACUCACACCCUGAACUUACAGAUCGGCCGCCAUCGAGGACGUCUACAUCAUCUGGGAAAGCCAUCCCCCUACGCCACACGCGCACGCAAUCGAUAACUAACGCCUUUCUUGCACUAACGCCGGCCUUCCCAGAAUCGCGCACCAGCCCUUCCACGCCGGCUCUCGGCCCUUCUCUCUACGACGACCCGAUCGCUGCCCUGCGAAAGGCCCAGGACAUGAGUGAUGCAUCACGCUCUCGGUCGGUGGAUCGUGGACUCUUCGCAAGCUCCGAUAAGAGAGCCGAACCGAAGGUCGCCCUGAGCACGGCCAUCGCCCCGGGUAAUGUGGAAUCACCUAGGAGAACGAUUCAUAUCCGCGGUUCGAGUCAUGCCGCCAUAGAGUUUGAUGAGGAGGAAGCUCGUACAUCGCCCGUUUUCUUCUCCCCCAAAGCUAUUCGAACCUAUCAGCAUGGUCUCCCAAAAUCGGAGCCUAAUUUCCUGGACCGGCAAUAUGAAUCUCCGGAUCUCGACAACCGCCCCCUGACAGCACAUCGUGUCCAGCAGAUGGAGGGUAGGACCCCACCGCCGCGGGUGUACAAUUCAUCAACCCCUGAAUCAUUUGCUCGAGCACGCGAACAGAUGAUGCGUCGUCAGCAUCGCGAAGACGAGGAGCGCAAGAAACGACAGCAACUGCUCUCAUCUCGCCCGGAUCUGGAUCCUGCUUACAUCCCCUGUCCCCCUUCUCCCGACGAUGACUCGACUAAGCAUAGGCCACCAACACCGACCAGGUGUGAUACUGGCAGAACGGUCAUCACAACUAGCCCCGCGUCUUUCGACAACAUUGUGACUCCCCUGACCAGUCCCAGUGAUGUGAUGAGCCCGAUUAGCAUAGCAAACCUCAGCAGUAAACAGGACGGCUCACAAAUAUUCCGUUCGGACCCAUCUUUACCCGCUCUGCUGAGCGGUGCUAGUUCAGUCUCUGCGGAUGCCGAGGGCGACUUUCUUCUCCUCCCAGGCCUUGUCGAUCGCUCUUCCCUCCUCGAUACAACCGACUCCCUGACGCCUCCGGCACUUGCUAAAGAGCCUGCCAAUGAAUUUCCGCUGGUCGAAGACUUGGAGAUGGAGCACACGCUUCGUCUGCGACUGAACCAGUCGCCACAUGGACUUGGGCCGUCUUCCAUCUAUUCCUCUAGAGCUGUGGAGGACGAUGAUGACGAUAGCGACAGCGAUGAAGGCUUGGUCAUGGCGAAGCCUAAACGGGUUGCGCCACCUAAGGAUCUAAGUAACAUCACGAUACCGAGGCGGAGAGACACCCAAACAAGUGUCAGCAGUACAGAAACAGCAAAGAAGAUUAUCAUGAGAAGUGACUAGACACGUCCGUCUCCAAUGAUAGAACUCCACUUGGAACUCGUGCACCAUUUCAUUUGCUUAUCGGCGGCAGUUUGCGCAUUUUCAACAGCAUUUUCCUUUUUAUCUUCAAUUUUAAGAUCAGCA